AUGGAACAAAAGACAAGGUUCUCCAGAGACGAGGACAGAUCCUCCAACGAGAAGUCUGCAGACACUCAGACGGAGGAGCUCAAGCUCCAACCAGGCUUCACCGAUGACUUGAAGGCUACUGAAUCAAAUGCUUCUACCGCUACUGACACAUCCACCUACAAAAGCAAGUCUUUCGGUAUCCGCAAGUCCGAACUCAUCAUGGCCCAGAUCACCUCGUGGUGGAUUAGAGGACCUUUCUUUUUUACCAUUUUCAUCUGCUCCUACAUCAGUUUGUUGGAGAACUCUAUUGUCAGAGUCUUUGACGGUUAUGCUACCGAUAGUUACAAGCAGCACUCGCUCAUGUCCACCAUUAACAUUAUCAGAAGUGUUGUCGCUGCCUCUUCGUUGCCAUUUUACGCUAGGUUGUCUGACACCUUUGGCCGUUUUGAGUUGUUCCUUGUGGCUGUGCUUUUCAGAAUUAUUGGCAGAGUUAUCCAAUCCCAGGCUCAUGACAUCCAAAGAUACGCCGCCGGUACCAUUUUCUUUGCAUUUGGUAACUCUGGUAUGAGAAUUUUGUGGCAGAUCAACUUGGCUGAUGCCUCCACCUUAAAAUGGAGACUUUUGGCGAUGUCCAUUAUUUUCAUGCAAAGUAUCAUCACCACAUGGUCCAGUGGUGAGAUUGUUGCGUUGGUUUUGGGCAACAGAAACUGGGGUUUCGGUAUCGGAAUGUGGGCAUUCAUCACCCCUCUCGUUUGUCUUCCUUACAUGUUGAUUUUCUUGUUCUUGAUCUUGAAAGCCCGCCGUCUCGAUGCUUGGCACAAGAUCUCCAAGGAGGAAAAAGACGCCUUUAUGGCUGCCCAUCCAGCUGCUAGGGAGUACCAGGAUGCCAUCGACGCCAACAAGUCUUCUAUUGCCAAAGUGAAGGGAUACCUCAAAUACGGACUGAUCCGUCUUGUCACCAAUUUAUACGAAAUCUUCUGGAAAGUUGACUUCAUCGGGUGUCUCUUGCUUGCUACAAUUCUCGGUCUCAUCUUGGUGCCCUUGACUUUGGCUGGUGGAGCUACCUCCAAAUGGCAACGAGCUUCUACAAUUGUUCCGAUUGUCGUUGGAUUCUGCAGCAUUGCGCUUUUCGUUUUCUGGGAAACCAAAGUCGCCAAGAGACCCAUGCUUCCAUUCAAGGUCAUGACCGACCGUGGUGUGUGGGCUGGCUUUUUGGUUGCAAUUUUCAACUCUGUGGUCAUCGCUAUGCCCAACGGUUACUCCUACCCUGUUUUGCUUGUUGGUAUGAACGCCUCCGAAACCGUUGCUACCAGAACUGGUCAGUUGAAUGGAUUUGUUGAGGGUAUCGCUGUUCCCGUUGUUGGUUAUGUCUUGUCUCGUGUGAGAAGAACCAAACCAUUUGUUCUUUUUGGCAGCAGUGUUUUGUUUAUCGCCAUGGGCUUGUUUGUCCACUUCAGAGGAUCCAACGACGGAUACCGUGCCAAAUACUUCCGUGACGGUGUGGCUGUGGGUAUGUGUCUUCUUGGUUUCUCCAACACCUUCUUCUCCAGAGUUACAACGGUGUCGGUCCAGUCUUGUACCAACCACGAGUACAUGGCCACUGUGAUUGCACUCUUUGCUGCUUGUUACCAUAUUGGUGGUGGAAUUGGAAGCUCCAUCUCUGGUGCCAUUUGGACCCAGCAGAUGCAUGGUAUGAUUAGUCGAAAGAUGGAGGAGUUGAACGUGGACACUUCCUUGGCUACCUUGGCCUACCAGUCGCCUUACCAGUUCAUCAAAAAGCACGAAUGGGGAACCGAGGCCCGUAGAGCUGUCAGUUUGGCCUAUGCGGAGCUCCAGAAGAGACUUUGUAUUACUGGUCUCUGUCUCUGUGUUCCUUUGUUGGUGUGGGUGUUCUGCUUGAGAGACAAUAGGUUGGCUGAUGCCCAGAACUUGGAUGACGAGGCUUUGCUUACACUGGGAGAAGGUGUUGAGAGGGCUGGUGAGGUCAAGAGAUCCCAGGUUAUCUUCAAGGAGGACGACGACAUCAUCUUGAAGUUUUUGAAGAAACAGUUGAGCAGACUCAAUGUCUUCUCCAAGGCCUAA